AUGGAAUAUCUCGAAACAACCGCUGGAAGUCCAUUGCAGUAUAUGGCCGAUGUCUACGGACAUGGUCUGAAGUACGAACGUCCGCCAUUCACUUUCCAAAGUAAUGAGUGGGAAUCUUUGGCAAGAGAACGUAUGUCCAGAGAAUCGCUCGGCUACGUCUGCGGAAACGCCAGUACUGGGGAAACGACUCGCAAAAACGGGGAGGCUUUUCAAAAAUGGUCUAUUGUGCCAAGCCGUCUAGUCAAGACUGAUUCCUAUCCUUCACUCCAAACGCAAUUAUUGGGACAAACCCUUCCAACCCCAAUUGCUGUUGCGCCAGUUGGAGUUCAACGUAUCUUCAAUCCUGAUGGUGAAAUUGCAGUUGCUAAAGCCAGCGCCAGAGAAAAGGUCCCUUAUAUCUAUAGUACAGCUGCUGCUACUUCAAUGGAAGAUGUUGCUAAAGCUAACGGUGACGGUGUCCGUUGGUAUCAAUUAUACUGGCCAUCCAAUGAGCACAAUGAUUUGACUGCAAGUCUGUUGCACAGGGCUAAAGCUAACGGUUUCACUGCCUUGGUCGUGACCUUGGAUACUUAUAAACUUGGCUGGCGUCCAAGUGACCUGAACAAUGGUUAUAAUCCAUUUUUGCGUUCUGACAGCAUUGGUACGGCUCUUGGGUUUUCAGAUCCUGUCUUCAGGAGUCACUUCAAAAAGAAGCACGGUAAGGAAGUCGAAGAGGAUCUACAUGAUGCCGCUAGCGAAUGGGCUGGUUUAAUUUUCCCUGGAUUUAGUCACGGUUGGGAAGACAUCGCUUUCUUGCGUGAAAAUUGGGAUGGCCCAAUUGUGUUGAAAGGUAUCCAAGCAGUCCAGGAUGCAAAGCAUGCUGCCGAAAUGGGCAUUGAGGGAAUAGUGGUAUCCAAUCACGGUGGUAGGCAACAGGAUGGUGGACCAGCUUCCUUGGACUGUCUUGUGAAAAUAGUAAAAGCUGUUGGGGACAAAAUUGACAUCCUUUACGAUUCCGGUAUCCGCUGCGGUGCUGAUAUUGCCAAAGCCAUGGCUAUCGGGGCUAAAAUGGUUUUGAUCGGCAGACCAUAUAUCUAUGGUUUGGUCCUUGGUGGUGAAGAAGGUGUUGGCCAUGUUUUACGUUCUCUUCUUGGCGAUUUGACGAUGAAUUUACACCUCGCAGGUAUUCAAUCCGUGUCGCAAAAGGACCUCAACAUGGACUGCCUAGAAUACAGUGGUUGA